AUGCCUACCGAACUGGAAGAGCUAGUCGAGUUCCUCCACCAUGGCAAUACUCAGAUCCGUCAAGUCGCGGCCGAACACCUGGUCGGAUACUCCUCUGCUCAGCCUGCUAUCUUCAAAACUGGCCAGCUGACGCCCGUCAAAGACCUCAAGCUUCUUGUCAAGGACUACGCGCCUAUAGCUAAAAAUGCCCUGACGAUCUUGAUCAACAUAUCGGAUGACCAAGAAGUUCUUCAGAACCUGGCAAAGGACGAUGCCUUUCUUGAGUCGCUCCUGCAAAGGAUAACAAACCCUGAUGAACCAAAUGCAAAUGAGAUUGCCAUGCUCCUCGCCAACCUCAUAAAACACUCCUCGCUCGUUCGCAUCCUAAACCUCACCCGGUCCGUAGCACCCUGUCCGCUAUCACGCUCGAAGAACGCCAUGGACCAGCUGCUAGACCUCUUCGUCAAGGGUGCUGCGGGCAGCUACAACAAGCACGCAGAUUUCGACUACCUGGCCUACUUCUUCGCCGACAUGGCUAAGCACCCGGAGGGCCGAGCCUACUUCAUUACGCCGCAGAGCCGCGACCAAGAAAUAAUCCCGCUGACCAAGCUCACCGUUUUUACGGAACAUAAGUCGGUCAUCAGGCGGCGUGGAGUGGCAAGCACAAUCAAGAACGUGGCAUUCGAGGUAUCGGCGCAUCCGACGCUGUUGGCUGCUGAUGGGGUUAAUCUCCUGCCGUAUAUUAUUUUGCCGCUCAUGGGCCCGGAGGAAUACAGCGAGGAAGACACAGAAGGCAUGCUAGAGGAUCUACAGCUGUUGCCGCCGGAUAAGGAGAGGGAGCCGGAUGCGGAGAUCAUCAAGACGCAUUUAGAGACGCUGUUAUUGCUGACAACCACAAGAGGCGGGCGGGAUGUGCCGAGGUCGAUCAGGGUAUAUCCGAUUGUUCGGGAGCUCCAUCUCCAUACUGAUGACGAAGGAGUGAGGGAGGCAUGUGACCGGUUUGUGCAGGUCAUUAUGAGGGACGAGGAGGGAGAGGGGAAGGAAGACGGAGUGGAUACGAUCACGGAGGUGGAGAGUGACGAAGAUGAGCAGAUCAUCGAAGUGUUGUAG